AUGUACAGUGCUGAGACGGACAGUGCUGAGACAGACAGUGCUGAGACGUACAGUGCUGAGAUGUACAGUGCUGAGACGGACAGUGCUGAGACGGACAGUGCUGAGACGGACAGUGCUGAGAUGGACAGUGAUGAGAUGUACAGUGCUGAGAUGGACAGUGCUGAGACUUACAGUGCUGAGACGGACAGUGCUGAGACGGACAGUGCUGAGACGUACAGUGAUGAGAUGUACAGUGAUGAGAUGUACAGUGCUGAGACGGACAGUGCUGAGACGGACAGUGCUGAGACGGACCGUGAUGAGAUGUACAGUGGUGAGAUGUACAGUGCUGAGACUUACAGUGCUGAGACGGACAGUGCUGAGACGGACAGUGCUGAGACAGACAGUGCUGAGACGUACAGUGCUGAGACUUACAGUGCUGAGAUGUACAGUGCUGAGACGGACAGUGCUGAGACGGACAGUGCUGAGACGGACAGUGCUGAGACGUACAGUGCUGAGACGGACAGUGCUGAGACGGACAGUGCUGAGACGUACAGUGAUGAGAUGUACAGUGCUGAGACGGACAGUGCUGAGACAGACAGUGCUGAGAUGUACAGUGCUGAGACGGACAGUGCUGAGACGGACAGUGCUGAGAUGGACAGUGAUGAGAUGUACAGUGCUGAGAUGGACAGUGCUGAGACUUACAGUGCUGAGACGGACAGUGCUGAGACGGACAGUGCUGAGAUGUACAGUGAUGAGAUGGACAGUGCUGAGACGUACAGUGCUGAGAUGUACAGUGCUGAGACGGACAGUGCUGAGACGGACAGUGCUGAGAUGGACAGUGAUGAGAUGUACAGUGCUGAGAUGGACAGUGCUGAGACUUACAGUGCUGAGACGGACAGUGCUGAGACGGACAGUGCUGAGAUGUACAGUGAUGAGAUGGACAGUGCUGAGACGGACAGUGCUGAGACGGACCGUGAUGAGAUGUACAGUGAUGAGAUGUACAGUGCUGAGAUGUACAGUGAUGAGAUGGACAGUGCUGAGACGGACAGUGCUGAGACGGACCGUGAUGAGAUGUACAGUGAUGAGAUGUACAGUGCUGAGACUUACAGUGAUGAGACGGACAGUGCUGAGACGGACAGUGCUGAGACAGACAGUGCUGAGACUUACAGUGCUGAGACGGACAGUGAUGAGACUUACAGUGCUGAGACGGACAGUGCUGAGACAGACAGUGCUGAGAUGUACAGUGCUGAGACGGACAGUGCUGAGACUUACAGUGCUGAGAUGUACAGUGCUGAGACGGACAGUGCUGAGACGGACAGUGCUGAGACGGACAGUGAUGAGAUGUACAGUGCUGAGAUGUACAGUGCUGAGAUGUACAGUGAUGAGACGUACAGUGCUGAGACGGACAGUGCUGAGACGGACAGUGCUGAGACAGACAGUGCUGAGAUGUACAGUGCUGAGACGGACAGUGCUGAGACUUACAGUGCUGAGACGGACAGUGCUGAGACUUACAGUGCUGAGAUGUACAGUGCUGAGACUUACAGUGAUGAGAUGUACAGUGCUGAGACGGACAGUGCUGAGACUUACAGUGAUGAGAUGUACAGUGCUGAGACUUACAGUGCUGAGAUGUACAGUGCUGAGACGGACAGUGCUGAGACUUACAGUGAUGAGAUGUACAGUGCUGAGACGGACAGUGCUGAGACUUACAGUGCUGAGACGGACAGUGCUGAGACGGACAGUGCUGAGACAGACAGUGAUGAGAUGUACAGUGCUGAGACGGACAGUGCUGAGACAGACAGUGCUGAGAUGUACAGUGCUGAGACGGACAGUGCUGAGACGGACAAUGCUGAGACGGACAAUGCUGAGAUGGACAGUGAUGAGAUGUACAGUGCUGAGAUGGACAGUGCUGAGACUUACAGUGCUGAGACGGACAGUGCUGAGAUGUACAGUGAUGAGAUGUACAGUGCUGAGACGGACAGUGCUGAGAUGUACAGUGCUGAGAUGUACAGUGCUGAGACGGACAGUGCUGAGACUUACAGUGCUGAGACGGACAGUGCUGAGAUGUACAGUGCUGAGACGGACAGUGCUGAGACAGACAGUGAUGAGAUGUACAGUGCUGAGACGGACAGUGCUGAGACAGACAGUGAUGAGACGUACAGUGCUGAGACGGACAGUGCUGAGACAGACAGUGAUGAGAUGUACAGUGCUGAAACGGACAGUGCUGAGACAGACAGUGCUGAGACGGACAGUGCUGAGACGGACAGUGAUGAGACGUACAGUGCUGAGAUGGACAGUGCUGAGACUUACAGUGCUGAGACGGACAGUGCUGAGACGGACAGUGCUGAGACGUACAGUGCUGAGAUGUACAAUGCUGAGACUUACAGUGCUGAGACGGACAGUGCUGAGACGGACAGUGCUGAGAUGUACAGUGAUGAGAUGGACAGUGCUGAGACGGACAGUGCUGAGACGGACCGUGAUGAGAUGUACAGUGAUGAGAUGUACAGUGCUGAGACUUACAGUGCUGAGACGGACAGUGCUGAGACGGACAGUGCUGAGACAGACAGUGCUGAGACGUACAGUGCUGAGACGGACAGUGAUGAGACUUACAGUGCUGAGACGGACAGUGAUGAGACUUACAGUGCUGAGACGGACAGUGCUGAGACAGACAGUGCUGAGAUGUACAGUGCUGAGACGGACAGUGCUGAGACUUACAGUGCUGAGAUGUACAGUGCUGAGACGGACAGUGCUGAGACGGACAGUGCUGAGACGGACAGUGCUGAGACGGACAGUGCUGAGAUGUACAGUGCUGAGAUGUACAGUGAUGAGACGUACAGUGCUGAGACGGACAGUGCUGAGACGGACAGUGCUGAGACAGACAGUGCUGAGAUGUACAGUGCUGAGACGGACAGUGCUGAGACUUACAGUGCUGAGACGGACAGUGCUGAGACUUACAGUGCUGAGAUGUACAGUGCUGAGACUUACAGUGAUGAGAUGUACAGUGCUGAGACGGACAGUGCUGAGACUUACAGUGAUGAGAUGUACAGUGCUGAGACUUACAGUGCUGAGAUGUACAGUGCUGAGACGGACAGUGCUGAGACAGACAGUGAUGAGAUGUACAGUGCUGAGACGGACAGUGCUGAGACUUACAGUGCUGAGACGGACAGUGCUGAGACGGACAGUGCUGAGACAGACAGUGAUGAGAUGUACAGUGCUGAGACGGACAGUGCUGAGACAGACAGUGCUGAGAUGUACAGUGCUGAGACGGACAGUGCUGAGACGGACAAUGCUGAGACGGACAAUGCUGAGAUGGACAGUGAUGAGAUGUACAGUGCUGAGAUGGACAGUGCUGAGACUUACAGUGCUGAGACGGACAGUGCUGAGAUGUACAGUGAUGAGAUGUACAGUGCUGAGACGGACAGUGCUGAGAUGUACAGUGCUGAGAUGUACAGUGCUGAGACGGACAGUGCUGAGACUUACAGUGCUGAGACGGACAGUGCUGAGAUGUACAGUGCUGAGACGGACAGUGCUGAGACAGACAGUGAUGAGAUGUACAGUGCUGAGACGGACAGUGCUGAGACUUACAGUGCUGAGACGGACCGUGCUGAGACGGACAGUGCUGAGACAGACAGUGAUGAGAUGUACAGUGCUGAAACGGACAGUGCUGAGACAGACAGUGCUGAGACGGACAGUGCUGAGACGGACAGUGAUGAGACGUACAGUGCUGAGAUGGACAGUGCUGAGACUUACAGUGCUGAGACGGACAGUGCUGAGACGGACAGUGCUGAGACGUACAGUGCUGAGAUGUACAAUGCUGAGACGGACAGUGCUGAGACAGACAGUGAUGAGAUGUACAGUGCUGAGACGGACAGUGCUGAGACUUACAGUGCUGAGACGGACAGUCCUGAGACGGACAGUGCUGAGACGGACAGUGAUGAGAUGUACAGUGCUGAGACGGACAGUGCUGAGACUUACAGUGCUGAGACGGACAGUGCUGAGACGGACAGUGCUGAGACGGACAGUGCUGAGACGGACAGUGAUGAGAUGUCUUUUACCAGCUCUUCCUGGUGCUUCUCGUGCUCUUUUAGCAGCUUUUCCUCAUCAUCACUUUGUUUGAGGAAUUCAGAUUUCUGCCUUAACUCGUGA